GAACGCAUUCCUGGUCGUAAUGUCCAUGUAAUGGUGAUAAGAAAUUAAUACUCGAUAUUUAACGCUAAGCAUUAAACCUAAAAACGUGAUUCUUUAGAACUGUGUGGUGCAACGGUUUUGUUGUGGAUGAUCUAUUUAGUUUUCCUGCUGGUAGCAGCUGUGGCUGCCAGCGAGAAGAAGUCAAUAGAGAAGAAGGAGGGCCUCGAGAAGAAGUUGGACAAACGAGGUCUUUUAAACCUCGGCUAUGGUUACGGUAUCAGCGGACUCGACGUCGGCUACAUCGGUAGCGGCCAUGGCUUCGGUGGUGCUUACAACUUCGUCGACGAAGGAUCUCUAGCGCACUCCGGAUAUGGAAUCGACCUCGGUCACCGCACUGACGUCACCAGAACCGUCACACUCGUCAAAGGAGUCCCAUACGCUGUACCAGUCGACCGGCCAGUUCCCUACCCCGUCGAGAAACACGUUCCCUACCCCGUCAAGGUCCCAGUGCCCCAGCCUUACGAAGUCGUCAAGCACGUGCCCGUUCACGUCAAGGAAUACGUCAAGGUUCCCGUACACGUACCCGCCCCUUACCCAGUAGAAAAGAAAGUGCCUUACCCCGUCCACGUUCCCGUCGACAGGCCUUACCCCGUCAAAGUGUUGGUGCCCCAGCCUUACCCCGUUGAGAAGCAUAUACCUUACCCCGUUAAGGUGCACGUCCCUCAACCCUACCCCGUGGAAAAACAUGUGCCAUAUCCCGUAGAAGUUAAAGUGCCCGUUCCCCAACCUUACCCAGUAAUCAAGCACGUCGGAUACCCUGUCAAAGUGCCCGUUGACAGGCCUUACCCCGUACACGUGCCCGCUCCUUACCCCGUUGAAAAGCCUGUGCCAUACCCAGUGCAUGUUGAAAAGCCCGUGGCCGUACCUGUCCAUGUCCCCGUAGACAGGCCUUACCCCGUCCAUGUAGAGAGACCCGUAGCCGUGCCCGUUAAGGUACCAGUCCCAGAGCCUUACCCAGUGUACAAACACAUCCCCUAUGAGGUAGAAAGGCCCGUGCCCGUCCCAGUCAAGGUGCCCGUCGACAGGCCUUACCCCGUGCACGUAGACAGGCCUUACCCCGUCCACGUAGAGAAGCCAGUCCCAGUCCCAGUGAAGGUUCCAGUGCUGAUCAACGAGCAUGAGCACAGCGGCCACUACAACUUCGGAGGCUCCUACUACGAGCACUAAACUAGGUUAAUUAAAUAGUUUGUUACUUUAUUAUUCGCCAAUGUCACGCUAUUUAUAUCUCGCCAAACAAAGAUUUGAACCGUUAGAUAUGCCCACUUCCUAAUUUCACGUGGGCGAAAUUUUUCCAUCGUGAAAUGUGUGAGCUCAUCCUUAUAACAAUACUGCAUAAAAAAAGUAUCCAAUCUAUUAAGACACGUGGCUAAACGAAGUGUCUACUUGACACUUAACGUGAAAACAGUGAAAUAUUUUUUCGGGGUCAAGGCAUAUCUUCGAUUGAAACCUUUGUCGCCAAGCAGCGGCCGGGACACCAGCAAAAUUUUCUAUUGACUAUUUAUACUGUCCUUCUAUGAGAUUUCACGUCAUAUAAGCGUACAGAAGGUACGCCGUGUACGUGUAUUAUAUGUGAUGCAAAUGUUACCAUUAAUAGGUUAA